UUUAAGAUGCUGUUUCUGUCUGCAGAUUUGAUCCAGCCCAGGGCCGAUGGGAACGUCUUCCCGACAUGUCCAGACCCAGGGAUUAUUUUGCGGCUGUGUGUCACAGAGGGAAGGUGUUUGUCCUGGGGGGAAACUGUGAUGACGUGAACUGUCUGGACACAGUGGAGUGUUACACACCUGAGGAGAACACAUGGAGGUCCGCAAACAUGUCUACUCAUAUUUAUGAUCACAGAAUGAACAGUUAUGAAUACUGCAUGCUGACUUCUCUCAAAAAGCCAGGGUCAUCAAAUCUGACAUAUUUUCAUCUGUUGACACACAGGUUAACUCAUCCUCUAGAUGUGCCUCUCUGUGGUCACGCCGCUGCUGUGUUCAACGGAGAGAUCUUUGUGUCGGGUGGUUGCGACUCUCGUCUACGCUGCUAUCCCUGUCUGUGGCUCUAUGACCCGGUGCAUGGCUGCUCCAAACGCGCACGCAUGACAGAAGGGGUGGGCCGGGCUGGUCAUGUGAUGCUGGUUUCAGGACACCGAUUGGUUGUGGCUGGGGGGUUGCAGCCAGAGUGGGCGGGGUUUAGAGACCAGCUGCAGUGUGAGUCGUAUGAUCCUGUUCAUGACUCCUGGACGUCGUUCCCUCUGCUACCCCGACCGCAUCUCUCGCCCGCAGCAGCCACUCUUGAUGGACACCUGUAUGUUUUGGGAGGAUCUUCAGCUGAUUCAGCACGUGAUACACCCUGGGUUCAUCGAUACAAUCCACAGGCAAAGUGCUGGGAUAAACUUGGAGCAAUGCCACGACCUUACGCUGAUCUGGCCGCAUGUGCUUUACAGCUGCCCGUCAGCCUGAAGACCUGAAUCCUUCAAUCACUCACUUGGUUUCAGCUUAUUUCCUGCUCCACCAGAGAUUCCCUCAGUGGAAUGAACUGUCGAUUACUCUGGCAUAUAUUUAACACAGCAGAUGCCCUUUCUGCCACAACCCAGCUCUGAAACUGAACAGAACACAUGGCAGAACAUGCAAACUCCACAGAGAUAUGCCAAGUGGCCCAGCCAAAACGUCUUGUUGUGUGGCAACCAUGCUUAUUACUUAGCCACCAUGCUGAAAAGCUGAAACACUACCAUGUAAUUGUAUCUCUCACUCUCCUUCAGCUUAGUCCCUGCUUUAUCAGGGGUUACCACAGUGGAACAAUGAUAAUAAAAGAAACCUUCCUUCCUCUAGCACUAAAAGUCUCUGUGCACAGGCAAGUUCCUUUGUAUAAUUAGCACUUGAUGUAUGUAUUGUGUCAUGACUUUGUAUGAACACUAGAUGCCACUGUUGUUCGCCUGCAACUCCCUGCGAACUACAGUGGCAAAAGAACUACAUAUCCACACAUUCCUUCAUGCAUACACCCAGUCUUUUCUUAUACACUGAUUGCAAUCACAGCUGUCUCUGUUUCCCUGUUGAUUACCUGGACUACAUAUUCAACCAUUCCACCUCUGUUUGUCGUUCGUCUUUGUCUGUAUGUUUGUUCCUGAUUCCAGUCUGUAUUCUGUUAUCCUUGUUAAAGUCUAGUUCAAGUUUAAUCUGUUUGAGUUCCUAGUUUGUUUGUUUAUUUUGUUACUUUGAUUUUGGGAUUUUUGUCACUGUCACUGCACAAUACAACAAUUAAACUGCACUUGGAUUCCACAACCUGUUUUUGUUCCUGUUUGAUCACCCUAACGUGACCGU